AUGGGAUCUACCACCCUCCCGUACAUGGAGACCAAGCCUAAGCUCAUCUUUUUCACCGACUUUGAUGGGACGAUCACCGUUGACGACAGCAAUGACCAUAUGAUCGACAACCUUGGCUUCGGCAAGGAAAAGCGCCUGGUGUUGAACGACCAGGUCCUUGAUGAGACCCUGAGCUUCCGGGAUGCCUUCCGUCAGAUGCUCGGCAGUAUCAAGACCCCUUACGAUGAGUGCAUUCAAAUACUGUUGAAGAACAUGAAGUUGGACCCAUACUUCGAGGAAUUCUACUACUGGGCCAAGGAUAACAAUGUCCCCAUUGUUAUUCUGUCGUCAGGAAUGCACCCUAUUAUCAGUGCUCUCCUGGAGAAGUUCCUUGGCCACAAGCCCGCCAACCACCUCACUAUCAUCGCCAAUGAGCCCGUGAGCCGGGAUGGCAAGGAUAUCAACAGCGAGGGCGGCUGGCAGAUUCAAUAUCACGAUGAUAGCCACUUCGGCCACGACAAGUCCUUGGAAAUCAAGCCUUACGCAGCGCUGCCAAAUGGAGAGCGCCCAAUCCUUCUUUAUGCGGGAGACGGUGUCUCUGACUUGUCUGCCGCUGCUGAGACCGACCUCCUCUUUGCGAAGAAGGGCAAAGAUCUGGUGACCUAUUGCCAGCGCAGAGGUAUGCCCUACACCACCUUCGAGAACUGGUCCACUAUCCUUGAAUCCACCAAAGAUAUCUUGAGCGGUAAGGUGACAGCUGGUGAGGUGGCUGCCAAGGCCUCCCUCGGCCAGUAG